GAACUUGGCCGAAACCAGCAGAACUACCAGCUUUCACCAAAACCCUAAAACUACAAUAUAACGGAAAGCAAAUUCUCCCGCGUAAGAUAAAAACAGUCUAAUUUCCCCCCAAACUGUCCACCUUUGUCGAUGAUAUGAAGAAUAACUAAUUCACCACCUCGGGGCUCGGAAAUGUCGCUCCACGGCGGACCUACCGACCGCCGGGAAGCGGCCUCGCCGGCAGCCGGUAAUGCUGUCUCUGGUGGUGGAAAUGGAGUCAUCACAAGCGACUCUAGCAGGCCAGCGACGAUAGUUUCGAGCCAGAGGCUGCGGUUGAAUCCGAACAAGGACCACAAGCCAGAUAUUUACGAGGGCUUGCAGUUGGAGUUCAGUCCUUCGAUUUUUAGCUCGCUGGAGAGUUAUAUGCCUCCUAGCAUGCUCAGUGUGCCUCGGGAAGAUAAAGCGAACUUCAUGCGGGAGAUUUUGCUUAAGUAUCUGCCCCCUGGGGAGCAGAACAGGGCUCAAAAGCAUAGAGAUUAUAGACAAAAGAUAAUAUCAAAUUAUCAGCCUUUACACCGGGAGUUGUACACUUUGAGUCCUACGAUGUUCUUUGUCCCAGCAUUUCUGAAAGCAAUCAAUGAUAACACAGAGCAAAGCUUUAGAAGCAUAAUGUCUGAGCCUAUUCCGGGCAUUUUCAUAUUUGAAAUGCUCCAGCCUCGCUUCUGUGAGUUAUUGUUGUCUGAGAUCGAGAAUUUUGAGAAGUGGGUGAAUGAAACAAAAUUUCGAAUCAUGCGUCCUAACACAAUGAAUAAAUAUGGUGCUGUACUUGAUGAUUUUGGCCUUGAGACAAUGCUAGACAAGCUUAUGGAAGGCUUUAUCCGUCCUGUAUCUAAAGUCUUCUUUGGAGAAGUUGGUGGAUCAACCCUAGAUUCUCAUCAUGGGUUUGUUGUUGAAUAUGGUAAAGAUAGAGAUGUUGACUCUGGUUUUCAUGUGGAUGACUCAGAAGUAACCUUGAAUGUUUGCUUGGGUAAGGAAUUUUCUGGAGGGGAAUUAUUUUUCCGGGGAACGCGAUGUGAUAGGCAUGUAAAUACAGGGAGUCAGUCGGAGUCAUUUAAGCAGGAGAUAUUUGACUACUCUCAUGUCCCUGGACGAGCUGUGCUUCAUCGUGGGCGGAAUCGCCAUGGUGCUAGGGCUACUACAUCCGGUCAUCGGAUCAACCUACUUCUGUGGUGCAGAAGCUCUGUCUUCAGAGAGAUGAAAAGGUAUCAGAAAGAUUUCUCCGGCUGGUGCGGUGAAUGCAAUCGUGAGAAGAAGGCAAGGCAGCAUUCCUUGAUUGCUGCUGCGAAAUUGGAACUGUUCAAGAGAGAAGGAGAGGCUACCGCAUAAUCUGUGUCCAGUGGACAGUUAUGGAGCUGUAAUCUUAAUCCAGAUGACGAACUGAUGCCGACAAUGAUGUUCAAAAUUUUCUUCAUGCUUCCCCGUCCGGGGGCCUGUAAUAGUUUCCACUGGAAUGAUGUAGCUUCCUGGAAAUAAGCUUCCGGUUUUUUCACUCCGAAAAAUUGCUGCCUAUUGAAACUCUUUCAGGUUGUAAUUUAGGUCUAUGUGCGGUAAUAUAUUAAUGCUCAAUUUUUAUCCGCAUAGAUUUAGCCCAGGAUUGAUAUAAUCAUGUGUGACAUUGCCGCCUAAAUAGUUCUAUUAGAAUAUGUAAUUGCAUAGUAUAGCUGUUAGCAUGUUCUACUUGUUAAGUUGCCCUUUUCAAUAAAUAGAACUUGGAAGGGAAA